UACUGUGUUUAUAUUUAACAUGUGAAUGAUUGGCUCUUUUAGCCAAUUUUAUUUUUCAAUAUAUUUGCGUUAUUUCGUUGCGCACGAAAUUUCGUUACCUGAUCUCAUUGUACAUUUUUUGAAUGGAAAAGAACAACACCACUUUAAUGGCGCCAAAUACACCUGUUGCUGAUGCAGAAAACGGACCAAAAGCACAAAUCUCUACCUUCGCCGUGCUGGACUUGGAAACAUCGAAUUUGCCUGCAUUUAACAAUAAUCGGGUUAGCAUCACCGAACUGUGCAUCUACGCCUUUGAUCCUGCCGUCUUAAAAGACAAUGUGGAACCAGAGGAGUCGAAACCACUUGACGAGUUGACGCCACCCUCGACUAAAGCUAUACCCUUUCCGCCGAGAGUGCUGCACAAGCUGAAUUUACUUUUCCAGCCGUCAAUGACUGUACACCCAAGCGCCGAGAGAAUCACAGGCUUAAACAACUACAUUUUGGAACGCGAAUCCAAGCUGGACGAGAACGCGGGGCAAAUGAUACUGAGAUUUUUGGAGCAUUUACGCCCUCCUGUUUGUCUUAUAGCACAUAAUGGCUGGGCAUUCGAUUUUCCUAUUAUAAAGCAAGCGCUUGACAAGCUGAAUAUUAAUUUGCCAGCAUCUACGCUUUGCGUGGAUUCGUUGCGUGCCUUUAUGGAAAUCGACGAUAAGCGAAGCGAUGAAAUAUUUGUGGAAAACGUUUUGCCUACCGAUAUCAAGAUUGAACCGGAAAUUCCAGCCAGUACGUCGAUUUGCGAGCCACCCGCCAAAGCAAUCGACUGGCAGACAGUGAACGAAACCACACCGAAGCGUCCAAUCCUGAAGGGUGCGGUAGCAACUCGUAAACGCCAGCUGUUGAACGAUGACAAUUGCAAUAAUGAUAUAGAAGCUGCCAAACGAGCACCCCGAGAUAUAACCGCCCGCCGCCAACUGUUUGCUGGCUUGAAAUGUGCUCAAACCAAACGUAUUCCACCCCGCGGACGCUAUGGAUUAGCCCAUCUGUUCGAGCGCACAUUUGAGAAAUCUGCAGCAAAUGCUCACCAGGCCGAGGCAGAUGUAAAUAUGCUCACAAAGCUCAUCCAAUGCUACAGUGUGGACUUCCUAGCCUUUGCCGAGGAGCAAGCAAUUCCAUUCGCUAAUGUCGUCCCAAUUGGUGGCAGGUCACCUAGUUCUUAGUUGUUGUAUUUAACAUGUUUGCAUGAUAAUCUUAAAUAUGUUGAGGGUUUUUAAAAGCAAAAAUUGUAAAUGUAAUUUUAAAAGUGCUAUAUAUUUUUAUACUUGAACAUUUUGCUGAGAUCAUAAAUAAGCAUGUAGAAUUAUAAUAAUAGUAUAUUUUAUAAAUUUUGAUUUUUCGAAUA